AUGUCUAGCAACUAUGUUAUAUUCAUUCGCAACCCUAUCUCCAUGGACUUGUCGGAUACCACUAAGGGAUUCCUUCAAUCUAUGAUCUAUGAGCCUGACAGCCCUACCGAAUUCUACGUUCUCGACAAGAUCACUGGAAAACACAUCGCUUCAUACGAUCUUCCAGACAACAUCAUGUUCUUCCAUUCCGUAAACGGUUACGAUUACAUCGAUCCCUGUACAAACGAGGUUAAUAUCCACAUUGAUCUCUGUGCAUACACAGAUCGCGUCCCUUACAACGACUAUCACCUCAGCAACAUCCUAGAUCCUAGUGCGCCAUUCCAAGACGGUGUUUUAGUACGCUACGAGCUUGAAAGCGUAGGAAAAGCCGAUCCCACCACAUUCGUACAGGCUACAACCAAGGCUGCGAUCGGAGGCACAUUCCUAGAGCUGCCGCGGAUUGCUAAGAGCGCUUCCAUGGUCCAUGGUUAUCGUUAUGUCUACGGUAUCUCGGGCCAUGGUGGACCAUCCCCUGGUACUAGUGUCCCUAUUGGUCGCUUGGGAAACGGCUUGAAAGCGGUGCAUUGCAGUUUUCUCAGUCACGUUACCAAGUGCGAUUGGGAGACUGGAACCUUUAAGGAAUGGUGGCCGGAGAAUGGGGAGAGCGCGCCUUGCGAGCCUAUUUUCAUCCAACGUCCAGGAGCUAAAGACGAGGACGACGGAAUCGUGCUCACCAUCGUCAUCAAUCGCGAGGCUACUCACAGCAUUCUUGUAGCCAUCGACGGCAAGACAUUUAAGGAAAUUGCCCGUGCGGAUAUGCCGCAAGUCUAUGCUUUGGGGCCACAUGGGACGUUCAUUGAGGGAGAAUUUGGUGUUUAA